UCUCGGCUCCCUACCAAGUACCAAGUACACAUUUCCUUUCUGCCUUCUGUUUUUCUCUUUCGUUCUUUUUUUUUUUUCCCCCUACUCCUCUCCCUCAUUAUCCCCCGUUCUAUGUGCGCAUUCGUUUUUCUCUCUCUAGAUUCUCGCACUCUUCUCUCUCUCUCUCUCUCUCUUUCUUUCUAGGUUGAAAGGCGGCUCGAAAUCUUUAAUCGUCUUCUUCUUGCGCCUGCUUGGAUCGGGACCUUAAUUGGAUCAGUCUUGGUUAGAUAAGGUAAACCCUAGAAUCGUAUUUAUUGGUACGCCGGUGUGGGAUUUCCAAAUCCCUCUUUCCUCUAUCGGGACAUGAUACCAGGGCAGCGUUUUGUAUUGAUCUAGGGUUUCUCGGUGGGAUCGAGGUUGGAAUUGGGGAAAAUGCAAGGCUAUGCAUGGGCGUCGAGGUGAGAACUGGAAACGGAGUCGGCACAUGUGGACAGUCCCCACACGCGGUACCCAGAUCGUAGAAGCAGAUGGUUCUUCGUCAUCGUCUUCAUCUGCACCUACUUCGUUUUGCAAGGGUGGACGUAGGAUUAGUGUUGGUGAUUGUGCUCUUUUCAAACCCCCCAAAGACUCCCCACCUUUUAUUGGCAUAAUCCGGUGGUUGACUACUGGUAAGGAGAAUAAAUUGAAGUUGGGUGUGAAUUGGCUUUAUCGAUCUUCUGAAUUAAAGCUCGGCAAAGGCAUCCUUUUGGAAGCUGCGCCCAACGAAGUGUUCUAUUCCUUUCACAAGGAUGAAAUUCCUGCUGCAUCUUUACUCCACCCGUGUAAAGUUGCAUUCCUUCCUAAGGACAUCAAACUUCCAUCAGGAAUUUCGUCAUUUGUGUGCCGGAGAGUGUAUGACAUAAGGAAUAAGUGUUUACGGUGGCUAACUGAUCAGGAUUAUAUUAAUGAACAUCGGGAAGAAGUGGAUCAAUUAUUAGACAAGACGAGGUUAGAAAUGCAUGCUUCAGUCCAACCUGGUGGCCGAUCACCUAAGCGUACUAGUGGUCCAACAUCAACAUCUCAGUUAAAAGCUAAUUCAGAUAGUGUUCAAGCCGCCUUUCCUUCUCACACGAAAGGCAAGAAAAGAGAGAGGAGUGACCAGGGAUUAGAAUCUGUUAAACAUGAACGCAUCGUAAAAGCUGAUGAAGGGGAUUCUGCUAACUGCAGAUUGGAAAAUACUUUAAAGUUUGAGAUCACAAAAAUUGCUGAAAAAGGGAGCUUAGUUGAUUCUGAAGCUGUCGAGAAAUUGGUGCAGCUUAUGCUGUCUGAUAGUGACAAAAAAAUUGAUUUGGCUGGCAGAUCAGCACUUGCAGGUGUGAUAGCUGCCACAGAUAAGGUUGAGUGCCUUAAUCAGUUUGUACAUCUUAAGGGUUUACCUGUGCUUGAUGAAUGGCUCCAAGAGGUUCACAAGGGAAAAAUUGGCAGUGGCGGUAGCCCCAAGGAUAGCGAUAAAGCAGUUGAGGAAUUUCUACUGAUUUUGCUUCGAGCCCUUGAUAAACUACCUGUAAAUCUUCCUGCUUUGCAGAUGUGCCAUAUUGGAAAGUCUGUGAAUCAUUUACGCUCACAUAAGAACUUGGAAAUUCAGAAGAAAGCAAGGAGCUUAGUGGACACAUGGAAAAAACGUGUUGAAGCUGAAAUGAACAUUAAUGAUGCAAAGUCUGGUUCAAACCAAGCUGUUGCAUGGAGUGCAAGAACUCGAUCAUCUGAAGUUGCUCAUGGUGGGAGGAACCAAGAUGCAUCCUCUGAAGUUGCCAUGAAGAGCUCAGUUUCUCAGCUUUCUACAUCCAAAUCUGCUUCAGUUAAGCUUGCUCAGGAUGAUAGUGUUACAAGAUCUGCAUCUGCCUCUCCUGGUUCUAUGAAACCAGUUUUAUCACCCGCAUCAGCAAGUAUUAACUCGAAAGAUGGAUCAUCCAGAAAUCCUGGUGUUUGUGGCACAGCUGAUCUUUCUCAAACUAUUGCCAGGGAUGAAAAGAGUAGCAGUUCCAGUCAGUCCCAUAAUAAUAGUCAAUCUUGUUCUAGUGAACAUGGUAAAAGUGGUGGUUUAGGGAAGGAGGAUGCCAGAAGCUCUACUGCUGGUUCAAUGAGUGUGAAUAAGAUCUCAGGUGGUGGAUCUCGACAGCGCAAAUCAGUCAAUGGAUUUCCUAGCACUGUUCUCUCUGGGGCUCAACGAGAUGUAGGGUCAGGAAAAAGUUCUUUGCACCGAAACACAGUUUUAGAGAGAUCAUCUCAAUCGGGAACAACCUUUGAAAAGGCAUCUGAUGGACCUAUUGGUGAGGGAAACAGUCCUAAAUUGAUAGUAAAGAUCACCAAUCGAGGCCGGAGUCCUGCACACAGUGUUAGUGGUGGAUCGUUUGAAGAUCCUUCAAUAAUGAAUAGCAGGGCUUCUUCUCCUCCACUUUCAGAGAAGCAUGAUCAAUUUGAUCACAGUAAGAGUGAUACCUGUCAGCCUAAUAUUACUGGAGAUGUGAAUGUCGGGCCCUGGCAGAAUAGUGAUGUAAAGGAUAUGGUGACCGGCUCUGAUGAUGGCGAUGGAUCUCCUGCUGCUGUACAUGGUGAGGAUCGAUGUCAGGCUGUCAAGGACAUAAAAGUUUCAAGGGCGAAUGAUCAUAAAAAUGGGAAGUUACAUGAAGCUUCUUUGAGCUCCAUAAAUGCUUUAAUUGAGAGUUGUAUUAAAUGCUCCGAAGCUAAUAUGCCUACCUCACUCAUGGAUAAUGUUGGAAUGAAUUUACUUGCUAGUGUAGCUGCCGUUGAGAUGUCAAAGUCUGAUUUUGUUUUGCCUUCUGAUACACAAGGAAAUAUCUCUGCAGUUGACCGAACCUCCAGAAGCAGUGAUUGUAAAGUUAAAGCAUCUUAUCCUGAAGAGGAUGCUAGAGAUAACAUCCAGUCGAAUGAUGCUAUGGAUGUUUCUGAGCAGGGCGUGAUCACUACUUCUUUUGGAGCUAAAAUUGUGGAUGGAAGGUGUGCUUCACAAUCUGAAGAGAAACCUGUUGGAGAUUUGAGUGGUCAUUCAAAAUCAUCUGGUGUAAAUUUGCAACCAACUGCUGUGCCAUUUCCAGAUGGUUGUAUAAAAAUGAACGAGGCUGGAGGGCCUAUCUCUCCUUCUAGGAUGCCAGAGAAGGGCUCUGAGAUGGAGGGGGCUAAACCAGUUGAAGACAGUAAGGCAGCUGAUGUAGUUGAUGGAGAUAGCAGUUCUAAAUCUAAACCUAAGCCAAGCAGUUCUUUGCCUGAUGGUAGUGUGGUUGGCGAUGGUAUCUCAAAUCGCGAAGUUGAAGCGGAUGUUGUUAAUGACCCUUUGCAUAGGUUGCAAGAAGUUGAUGGCAAUUCAAACGAUAGACUGCAUGGUGUUAGUACAUCUGACCGAAGGCUAUCUUCUAAGUUGAACUGCGAUUCUGCCAAAUUAAGGAAUGAUGAAUUACUUCAGGCUUCAGGCUCUUCAAGUAAUUUGAUUUCUGUAAGUGCAAGUGAGAUGAAGGCCGAGAAGAAUGAUGAAACCAACACAUCAGCUGAUGUGAAACUUGAAAAACCUCAAAGCGACCUGGAUCCUAUGGUAUCUGAAUCUCGAAGUGUAGGUGGCUCAUGUUCAGCGACCAACCUUGAGGGCGAGCACAUGGAGGAGAAUUUGGAAUCUAAAUUUAAUAAGGAGAAAAAUGGAGGACAAACACAUCAUUGGCAAUCUAUUCUCACUCCUGUUCGAGAAACUGAGCAGCCUCUUCCAUCCAAGAGGUCCAAAUUAGCUGAUGCUGAAGCAGAAGAAGCAGAGGAGUCUACAUCCACUGCUGCAGAUGCUGGUUCCAUGUCUGCUUCAGGAGCGCCAGAUAUGGAUGCUAAGUUGGAAUUUGAUUUGAAUGAAGGCUUUAAUGUAGAUGAUGGAAAAUGCAGUGAGCCAAGCAGCAUUCCUGCUUCAAUUACAACUGUUCAGUUAAUUAGUCCGUUACCUUUUCCUGUAUCUAUAUCUAAUGUGGCAAGCAACAUUCCUGCUUCAAUUACAGUUGCAGCUGCAGCAAAAAGACCCUUUGUACCACCUGACGAUCUAUUGAGGAGUAAAGGGGAACUUGGCUGGAAAGGAUCAGCCGCCACAAGUGCUUUUCGACCUGCUGAACCUAGAAAAAUUCUAGAAAUGCCACUAGGUGUUCCAACUGCUUCACUUCCUGAUGCUGCAGCCAGUAAAAUUUCACGACCCCCAUUGGAUAUUGACUUGAAUGUUCCUGAUGAAAGGACUCUUGAGGAUAUGAAUCCCCAGAUAUUUUCUGAGGAGGUGGCUUCUAAGUCUGGCCUGGUUAAUAAUCGUGAUCUAGCACGUGAUAUAGGUUCCACACAUGGGCGUUGUUCUGGUGGGCUAGAUCUUGACUUAAACCGAGUUGAUGAUGCUCCUGAUCCAAGCAGCUUCUCCUUGAACAACUGUCGUAGAAUAGAAACUCCUCUUAGUGUUAAAUCAUCAACUGUUCGUCUCAAUGACAAGGUGAAUUUUCACAGGGACUUUGAUUUGAAUGGGCCUAUUGCUGAUGAGAGCACUACUGAACCGUCAAUAUUUCCUCAGCAUGCUAGAAGCCAUAUGCCAUCCCAGCCAACUGUUUCUGGCCUUUGGAUGAACAAUGCAGAAAUAGGAAAUUUUCCAUCCUGGUUUCCUCCAGGAAAUGCUUAUUCAGCUGUUGCAAUUCCAUCAAUUAUGCCUGAUAGAGCAGAACAGGCUUUUCCAGUUGCAACAAAUGGACCGCCCAGGAUUUUGGGACCCACAAGUGGUACCAGUCCAUAUAGCACCGAUGUCUUUAGAGGCCAAGUAUUAUCAUCUUCUCCUGCAGUGCCGUUUCCUUCAACUUUUCAAUAUCCUGUCCUUUCUUUUGGAAACAGCUUUCCUCUACCCUCGGCCACAUUUUCAGGCAACGCAACAACAUAUGUUGAUUCGUCAUCUGGUGGCAGGCUUUGCUUCCCUGCAGUCGCUUCACAGUUCUUAGCUCCUCCCGGUGCAGUUUCAACGCAUUAUCCAAGACCUUUUGUUGUCAGUCACUUGGAUGGCAGCAACAAUACUAGUUCUGAUAGUAGUAGAAAGUGGGGGAGACAAGGUUUAGAUCUAAAUGCUGGCCCUAUUGUUCCAGACGUUGAAGGAAGAGAGGAAUCAUCGUCCUUGGUACCAAGGCAACUAUCUGUUGCCAGUUCGCAAGCCACCACCGAGGAGCAUAUGAGGAUUUACCAGCCAGCAAUUGGCAUGAUGAAGAGAAAAGAGCCAGAGGGAGGGUGGGAUGGGUACAAACAGUCAUCAUGGUAGCAGAAAGAUCCUGUUGAAUCCUCAAAGCUGUGCUUUGAGGAUUGGCAUUGAGCUGACUUCCACUGCUGGUUGUCAUCUUUGUGUGCUUUUUGGAGGAGGUGGUGAGUAGUAUCUCAUGUUCUUCAUGGUCUCCAACCCCACACCUUUUCUCUGUAUCAGUUGUGACUAAAAAAAGAAUGUCUGGGGCCUUCAAGCUUCUUGUCACUUGAAUUUGUUCUGGGUGGCUGCAGAUAAUUUCAUCUUUGUAGAUAUUUAACUGUUGGAAAAGCAUGCUCUAUCUGAUAAUUGGUGCCGAUAAAGGUGUUCAGUGCAUCAAUUUAAUAUACUGUUGAACUCAAAAUCUUUCCCAUCCUUUUUGCAGCUAUUUCACCAAUAUGAACCGGUGAAUUGCCUUGAUCAUAUUUAUAAUUUCAUUUUUUUUUCCCUGAA